UGAUGAAAGUGAGAUAAUGUUAUAGGUGGUGGGGUGAUGGAAUUGGAAAUCGCGGAGUGAGAGAGAGAGUUGUAACAAUAGCAAUAGCAAUAGCAAUGGUUUUACACUCUCUAUGGGUAUGCCCUUCCAACAAUCCUGCUCUUAUUCUUCCCACCAACAACCGUAUCUUCAGGAGGGUAAUCCUUAACCAAACCAAAUGUUCCUCCUUAUCCGAUGAUGAUAAAAGAUACUAUUCAUCUUCCUCUUCUAGAAGGGAUUUUUUACUAUUAGGAGGAGGCCUCACUUCACUAUCUCUAACAACAUGCUCUCCAAUUUCUGUGGCUCUUGCUGGAGAAGAAGAACAAGACCACAAAAUGGCUUCUUUUUUGGAUGAAGUCAAUGCCUAUUCUUAUCUUUAUCCUCUUGAGCUUCCCUCUAAAAAAUUUGUCUUCAAAUGGGUAGAAUCCCGAAAGCCAGAACGAUAUUCAUCGGCUGCACCACUUUCUCCUAAUGCGCGCUUGCGUAUUGUGUCUGAACGUGUUGAUCUCUUUGACAAUCUCAUCAUUUCCGUCACGAUAGGCCCUCCAAGCGCAAACCUUAUAAACUUGAAGGAUAAGAGCAAAUGGACUGCAAAAGAUGUUGUGGAUUCAGUUUUGGCUGACAAAUCUUCACUGCGAGUUACCUCAGUUCAGCGCUCAGCCGAGAGUUCAGUUCUCGAUGCACAUUCUAAUGAAAUUGAUGGCGAACCUUACUGGUAUUAUGAAUACCUCAUUCGUAAAUCGCCUAAUUCAAUGUCUGAAGAAUCAGGAAUUUACCGGCAUUAUGUUGCUUCAACAGCAGAAAGAGAUGGUUAUCUGUACUCCAUCAGCGCUUCGACCCUCAGUCCACAGUGGAAAAAAAUGGGGCCUUUACUUGAAAAGACUGUGAGUUCGUUUCGACUUGUCAGUCCUACAGAAAAUUAUGUUCCUCCAUAUAAAGAUCCCUGGAGAUUUUGGUGAAAAAUCAAAUUUUGUUCUUAUUGUAUUCAUGUAGUAAGUAACCUUUGUGGAGUGAAAUUCAUGUAACCAUAUUAUGUUCUUUGAAGAGUGAAAUUUUAAAUGGCAUCUCAUAUUCAUUGAGUUAUUUCAGUAA